AUGCUCUUCAACACACUUCUCGUCAACGCUGUUCUCGCAUUGACUUCGGUCACUGCAAUUCCCAACCCAGAUGUCAGAGAUGCCAAUCUCGAAGACCGCGACGCCGAAGUUGGUGGUGGCUACGACGACAGCCUCGACGCCCGCUCCUCAUCUUGCCGUGGUAGCGGAUGGUACUACCGCGGGGGCCGCUGCCGCUGCAAAAUGGACAACUACAUCUACGACUCCGACUACGGCUGUCACUACGACUGCCACGACUCGGGCUCGUACUGGAGCUCGGGCUCGUGCCGCUGUCGCAGAUCGGGAUAUUACUGGGAUGACAACAGCCAUCGGUGCCGCCGUCACUAA